GAGGGGGAGAGAAAGAAAAAGAGAGAAAAGAGGAUUAUUAGUGCAGGCGUGCAGAGGAUAUUUAGCCUGCGUAUCGUAUACGAGUGUAUCUACACGAAACCGGCGCGUGUUUCAUCGUAAAGCAGCAUAUAACUUUCAAUACGGAUCUCUACACGAAUUGAGUGCACCGCUCGGUUGAUUAGAGACAACUCGAAAGAUUCAGCCGAGCAAAGGGGGAUCCUCUGAACAUGUCGCUGCUCAGCGUAACGGUGAAGAAGGCGCGGUUCAUCUGCGAGGAUGCGGAUCAGUUCAACUCCUACGUAACGUUAAAGCUGCAAAACGUGAAGUCAACGACAGUUACUGUGAAAGGGGCCAAUCCAUGCUGGGAACAAGAUUUUCUCUUCGAAACGAAUGACAUGAAUGCCGGGCUCGUGGUGGAGGUAUGGUGCAAAGGAUUCUUGUGGGACCGCUUUCUGGGCUACUACUACAUUCCACUAUCAGAGGUGUCCUACAUGAACGAGGAGACUACCGGACAGUGGGUCAGUCUCGGCCUGGAAUUGGAGCAAAGGGGCAACGAGAUCGUCGGCACGAAGAAACCGACGGGCCACUCGCUUCUGAUCGACUGCCGGCUGGAGCUGCCAUAUGACGCCGAGAACGCGGAUGCGGCCGAUCUGCAGAGGAAGCUGGAAAUGCUGAACAACAUGAUGGACCAGGAGGCGCGGGCCGAACAGGCACGAAGGCAGAUAUUGUACAAUAUAGGCCACUCGGGAUACUCGGAGGACUCUGACUACACGUCGGAUUUGAAUUAUCCAGUAGGUGGGCAGGGUGCGAACAGCUCGGCCUCGCAGUUUCGUACGGCGGCUAACCAGUUGGCUACACCUCAAAGGUCCCUCGAAACGUCGAGAGAAAAUAGUUACGAGAGAGAUGAUCAUCAGAUUCCAGUCACCGUCGGAGGAAGGUUGGCACCUAGUAAUUACGGAAGUUACGGAGGGCCAGGCCACAGUCCGAGGUACGACGAGCCAUAUCCAGAGGAUGGUCUACCGCAGCGGUACUUGCAGACCCAGCAGCAUCCUUCAGAGUCUUCCGAGCCACUCUUCUAUAACAGUAGACCGAAGCACUACAAGGAAUACAGACGACGGAAGCACACGUGGGAUUACGAGGACAGCCAAGACGGCUGGUACAGCGAGGGUACAUAUGAUUAUCAUGGCACGAGGAUCGAUGAUACGAGAAUUUAUAGCGAUACUGAAUACUAUUCAAACAACACGACGACUACUACAAGAAGAUCGAAAGGAAAAGCCAUUCCGUACAGAAGACCGUCUUUGGAGAGACAGAUGACUCUAUACGACGAUCAUUCGUAUUACGCUGAUGGAUAUAGCAGCGAUGGUAGAGUGGGUAAAAUGAGCGCCACGUAUCCGGAAUGUGAGACAGAUAUUAGGUAUAACGAAUACUACGACACCAUAACGGGAUACGUCUAUCAGGAUGAGAGAUAUGGUCAGGAUGACGAGGACAGGCAAUGGGACAGUGGAGGGAAACGAUUCUUGGGAACAAAUACAUAUUAUGAAAAUAAACGAAACAGAAAGACGCUUCCGCAAAGGCCGGCUUCGAGCAUCGGUAUACACCGGCCGGAUUACAGACCCACUGUUACCAGACAGCGUAGUUACGAAUCGGAAGAGCUCGAUUAUAACGGAUAUAAUACUCGUCGCCGGAAGAUCUUGCAGCCGCAACAACGUCCGAUGUCGCGGCAG